UUGAACGACGACCAGCGCGCCGCGGUGCUCGCGCCCGUGGGCGCGACGCGCGUGCUCGCGGGUCCGGGGUCCGGGAAGACGCACGUGCUCAUCGGACGCGUCGCGCACCUGAUUCACGAGCUGAAGACGCCGCCGAGGGAGAUUUUGUGCAUCACGUUUACGAAUAAGGCGGCGCGCGAACUGCGAGAAAGAUUGAGGGAUAAGAUUGGCGACGCCGCGGCGCGAGAGAUCACGGCAGGGACGUUUCAUUCCGUCGCGGCGAGGAUGCUGCGACGACACGGCGAUCGAAUUCCGGGCAUAGGACGAACGGGAGAGUUUACGAUUUACGACGCCGACGACAGCAAGCAAAUCGUGCAGGGCGUGUUGGUGAACAAGUUUGGGGAGACGAAGAAGACGGCGCAGCCGGGACCGAUGAGAAACUGGAUUAGUACGUCGAAGUCGUGCCCCAUACCGCCGAUGUCGCACGAGCGCUUCGUGGAGUGUUACGACGAGUACGAGCUCGGUUUGCGGCAAGCGAACGCAUUUGACUUUGAUGACUUGCUUUCGGCGACAGUGGCGAUGUUGGAGAUGUGCCCGGACGUACGGUCGUAUUAUGAGCAUCGAUGGAGCCAGGUACUCGUUGACGAGUUUCAAGACACUUCGACGACGCAGUACGAGUUGAUUAGAAAAUUAUCUCAGCCGCAAGGUUCAGUGUUCGUCGUGGGCGACGCCGAUCAGGCUAUUUAUGGUUGGCGCGGCGCCGAGGUCGCAAACAUUCGCACGCAGUUCGAUGAAGACUUCAAGGAUGUCCAGACGCACAUGCUGACGACGAAUUACAGAAGUACGGCGACCAUCGUCGAGGCGGCGCAGGCAGUCAUCAAGGAAAGCGCUUUCCCGUCGCCAUUGGACCUCGUCGCGAACACCCCGGGUGGACGUGACGUCGCGAUCGUCGAGGCAAAUGACGAUCGCGAAGAGGCCGAAUUCAUAGCUUUAGAGGCGCGCAAGUCAGUCAAGGAGGACCCGGAUUUACGGUAUUCAGAAAUCGCUGUCUUGUAUCGAACCAACUCGCAGGCUCGAGUGCUCGAGGAAGCGUUUAUUCGUGCGGGCGUACCGCACAAAGUUAUCGGCGACACAUCGUUCUACGGUCGUAAGGAGAUUAAAGAUAUGAUCGCGUACCUGCGCGUGGUGUCCAACUCGGCGGACACGGUGAGUCUGAACCGAAUCAUCAACACGCCAACGAGAGGCAUCGGGAACUCAACCAUCGAAAAGCUCAGCGCAUGGAUUGAUACGCUUCCGAAAACAGAUGGCACCGAACUGCUGCCGAGCGCGGAGGAAAUGGGAUUGACGACGCGCGCGAGAUCUGCUGUACUAAAAUUUUCACAGCUCAUGGCGGAAACCCGAGAGAAGGCGAAAAGCUCGACACCGGGCGAACUGCUGGAAGCGAUUAUCAAAUGUACGGGUUACGACACCCUCGUGCAAGAUGCCGACGAUGGCAACGAGCGUUGGGCGUUUGUGCAGGAGCUCAUCAACUUGGCGAAAGAGCCACCGCAAGACAUUGACGAAACCAUCCAGGAUCGCGUUGGCCUGGAAGCUUUAGGUUCGUUUUUGGAAGGCAUAUCGUUACUCACGAGUGCCGAGAGCAAGGAAGAAGAAGGAGGAGACACGGUCAAACUUAUGACCAUGCACGCGAGUAAAGGUUUGGAGUUCAACAGCGUAUUCAUUUCUGGCGUCGAGGAAGGGUUGAUUCCUUUUGUGCGUAACGGCGAUAGUGAAGACGACCAAGAUGAAGAAGUUCGCCUGUUUUACGUCGGCAUCACACGUGCGAAGCGCAAGUUGAUGUUGUGUCACGCGCGCGAGCGCCGAAGGUUUGGGCAGAGCGCGCAACCGGCGAGGCGUUCGUUUUUGCUCGACAGUAUCUCGGCGAUGCUCACUGGAUCGAAGAAACCGGAGCGCUCGGUGUCGAUACCGUCGACUUCGCGCGGUAAGGCAACA